AUGGCGUGGACAAAGUAUCAAAGAUUUCUUGGUGUCAUGAUGGUCGUGACGGGCUCAAUAAACACUUUGAGCACAAAGUGGGCAGAUCAGAUGGACUCUAAAGGAUCAGAUGGUACUGUGAGGAAGUUUGAGCAUCCAUUUUUACAGGCAGCGGCAAUGUUCCUAGGAGAGAUUUUAUGUUUGUUAACGUUUAAGUUUAUUUACUGGAGGAACAGAAAUGGUGGUGAGAAUCAACUCAUACAAGGAAAUCAGAACUUCAAUCCAUUUAUACUAAUGCCAGCGGCCAUGUUUGAUUUGAUUGGCACAUCAAUAAUGUACAUAGGUUUGACUCUCACCUACGCGAGUAGCUUCCAAAUGUUCAGAGGUUCGAUAAUUAUAUUUGUAGCGAUUUUAUCGACAACAUUCUUGGAUAGGAUCAUUGUGAAGAGGGAAUGGAUUGGGAUUGCAACCGUGAUCCUAGGAUUAGUGAUAGUUGGAGCAACAGACGCCAUAUACCAGUCUUCGAGCGAAUCGAAGGGAAGAAAUAGCUUGAUUACCGGCGACCUCCUAAUUAUAGUAGCGCAGGUCAUAUCUGCAUGUCAAAUGGUGUACGAAGAGAAAUAUGUGUCAGGUCUAAACAUUCCUCCCCUCCAAGCUGUGGGUUGGGAGGGGGUGUUCGGGUUCUCGGUGCUGUCGGUACUGCUGUUUAUAUUCUACUGGAUACCAGCUCCGCCACAUUUUGACCACAACGCUAGAAGAACUGUCGAAGAUGUGGUCGAUGGUCUAGUGCAAAUUGGCAACAAUCCUCUACUAUUGGUCGCGAUACUGGGCACAAUUGUGUCGAUAGCGUUUUUCAAUUUCGCUGGUAUCAGCGUCACUAAGGAAAUGUCGGCCACAACCAGAAUGGUCUUGGACUCGGUCAGAACAUUCGUAAUCUGGAUGGUGUCACUGGCAGUUAGCUGGCAAGUAUUCCACUGGCAACACUUGAUCGGCUUCGCUGCACUUAUUCUUGGCAUGUGUGAAUAUAACGGUAUAUUGCCAAGAUGUUGGCAGAGACGUGUUGAAACCGAAGAUCAAGACCAAGUCGUUGAUUCAGAAGCCGAUAGACUUGAAGAGGCGUAGUUAUCGACACGAUGUGGAGCAAUUCGAUAUAAAGCGACGGACUUUAAAAAUAAGAAAAUAAAAAAAAGUCUAUGGAUUUGCGAAAAUACUGUCAACUGUCAGCUCCGAACACGCGACUGAUGUACUCAUUAAGAACGAUAACGUGUUACAUAAAAAAGAAAAUUGUCUAUUCCUUUUUCACAAGAGACGUUGCGGUGUAAAACCUCUCGCACUGGGCAGAUUAGUGCUUACGAUUUCACUCUCCCAUAUAUAUAUUUUUAUACCAGAAACCGUAUACCUUAAGGUUAUUUAUUCCCAAAACACAUGGCGAUAUGAAGGAUUAGCUAGUAAAAUGUAUUAGUGCUGCAAUGCAAUGCCGUUUCACUAACAGAAAAUGGCUAGUCUUUAAAUCAAGAGCCGUCAUUUUGAAGUUAGAUAGGUUAAAAUUAUUAUUAUUAUUUUUUUUUUGUAACGAAAUUAUGUCGAUAAAUAGUCAAAUUUUGAGCUUAGAUCAUUCGACGGCCGUUAAUC